UGUCCCUCGCUGCUUGGCAGGGCCCUAUGAUUUAUGCAGGAGCAGAGGCAGCGCGCAAUCGAGCUGUCAAGAGAGCGUCAGCUUAUUAGGCAAAUGCUGCGUGCUUUCUGAAGAGGGUCGACGUUAUAAAAUCUCACUCCAGGCUCUGGUGUGGAGAAACUCAGAGCCCAAGUACAUUGAGAGACUGAAGAGAAAGGGAAGAGGGGGAAAAAAAAAAAAACAGAAAAAGGAGAAGAGAAAAAAAGAGGAAGAAAACCUGCAAAAGGCAUCCUGGGUGAGAGGUCCCUCUGCAGAGGCAGCAGCGCGUGCUCACCUGCCAGAGGAGAAGCGAGCGCCCCAACCAUGCGGCUGCGGCUGCUGGUAUCCGCGGGCAUCCUGCUGGUGGCUCUGUCGCCCUGCCCGCCUUGCAGGGCCCUGCUGAGCAGGGGACCUGUCCCCGGAGCCCCGCGGGCCCCGCAGCCUCUGAAUUUCUUGCAGCCGGAGCAGCCCCAGCAGCCUCAGCCGGUUCUGGUCCGCAUGGGUGAAGAAUACUUCCUCCGCCUGGGGAACCUCAACAGGAGCCCCGCUGCUCGGCUGUCGCCCGACUCCACGCCCCUCUCCGCCGGUCGCGGCAGCCGCCCCUCGCACGACCAGGCAGCCGCUAACUUUUUCCGCGUGUUGCUGCAGCAGCUGCAGAUGCCUCAGCGCUCGCUCGACAGCCGCGCGGGGCCGGAGGAGCGCGGGGCCGAGGAUGCCCUCGGAGGCCACCAGGGGGCGCUGGAGAGGGAGAGGCGGUCCGAGGAGCCGCCCAUCUCUCUGGAUCUCACCUUCCACCUUCUGCGGGAAGUCUUGGAAAUGGCCAGGGCAGAGCAGUUAGCUCAGCAAGCUCACAGCAACAGGAAACUGAUGGAGAUUAUCGGAAAAUGAAAUGGUGCGUUUGGCCAAAACUAUUUUGCAUUUAGCACAAAAGUACAAAUAAAAAAAAUUUAAAACACAGUAUUCUGUACCAUAUCGCAGCUCCUGAUAUCAUUUGUUUAUUUUUAUAUAGCUUGAAGCAUAGAAGAUGUACAUGGAGAGAGCCUAUAUGCCCCUUAAUUAGCAUGCACAAAGUGGUAUUCCUGUGCAGUAACAAAACAGCGUUAUUUGUAUUGCCCACGCCUAGUUUCCAUGUGCGCAUAAGUGUCUUUACAGCGAUAUCUUAAAGAAAAUGUGGACCCACAGAGGAAACCUUUUAAAGAAGCAAAUGGGAGGCACCCGGUUGUUUUUGUUUGGGGUCACAGUUGAAGGGAAUUAAUUCUUGAGGGGUGGCUAGGACGAAAUAUGUAAGCUCUUUCAAUCAACUUUUUUCUUGUAAAUGUUUCAAUAAUAAAACAUCUUUCCCAUCCUUGGCCAAUUUGGUUGUGUAAGAGAACGCUGAAUAUUUAUAUUUUUAAUAAAAU